UUCCGCCCGUUCCCCAGGCGGCAGCCGCUCCGCACCGCACACCGCUGUGAGGAUGUUCCCGUUCCUGCGAGCAGAGGGGGAACGCUGUCCUUCCGCAGACACCCGCCCGCUUACAUCCCGCAUCCAGCUGGCCCGCAGGAAAGCCAGCAGCCGGCCUCGGCUCGCUUCUCCCAGCAAACCCCGGGGGCUUCCUCUGGGGCUUUCCCAUGGAGAAGAGGAGCGACUUCUCCGCACUACCCGCUCGGCCCCGCACGGGUAGCACUUCUUAAAGCGCUCGCUCCCGGGAGCGCCUCCCGGUCACGGCGCGGGGGUUGGCUCCGUACGGUUCCAUAGGGCGACGGACACGGGCGGUGCCGCAUGCAGGAGGCGGCUCAGGCGCGGCUGCAGGUGCCCGGGUCCCGCAGGGAGCCCCGCCCCGAGCAGCGCCGUGCGGCCGGAGGAACCCCGCAACCCCGGAGCCGCGAUGAAGCGGGGCUCGAGAGCAGCCCAGCAGCCAGCCCUCCUUUCCCAAACACCGCAGCUAGGAAACGCGGGCAGGCUUCAACCCCGCGGCCGCGCAGGGACAAAGCAGCCCCCGCCCCGCCGCUGCCCCCGGCCGCUCGGCUCACCCAGAAGGCGGUGGAGUAGGUGAUGAGGCUGAACUUGAGGCACAGGAGCUCCCACAAAGGCCCUGGAAACACAGGGACUGCAGCAACGCAGCCAUCCUUGACCUCAGCCUUCAAACGGUGACACAGCAGCACAUCCAUUUCAGAGAUUAUUCCCAAACAAACGGAGGGAGAAAAAGAGCUUUAAGCACCACUUUGCUGCGUUUCAUUUGAUGCCAGCUUGGUUGUUUAGCUUUUGCCUGCGAGACUCCACCUCCUUUCCGAGUCCCCUUAAACCACAUACAGCAUCUAUCCCAGUGCAGCUCCUGCCCAGCACACCAGCAGAGAGCCGCGUCCCCGCGGUGCUGCGGAGCGGUCACGCGCCCGGUGCCUCUGAAAACUGCUGCCACGCAACGGAAUUCCCAUUGGAUUGGAAGGAUUUGUGGCUCAAUACUUCUACCGAUAAUCUUCUUGGCCCUCCAAGUAAUCUAAAGGAAGAGCUUGCCUGGCACCGACUUGGGAAGCAUCCCUCUUCCUAUUUUGUUCUUUUUUAAAGGAAAAAGGAGCGUGAGUGGGAAGGGUCGCUCUCUGGUUUCCACUCUCUGUGCGCAGGUUACAAUGCCAGGCAGGGAGGAGGCCCUCGCUAUCAAUCAUCUCCUGCUGGAGCUCCGCUGCCUCACUUGGAAAGCAAGAGGACAGGACACGAGACACCUCAUUCCAAUGUGUUUCUAACGGCUCUUGAAGCACCUGCAUGAGGAUUCAUAACACCCGCACCAACUGCAAGAAAACACGCAGAUGCCAGAUGAUUCUGUUUUGUGCUUAGCCGGAGGGAAAAGAUGAGCGCGUUUCCCAUUUCAAACACCAGCAACGUUUCGCAGGCCAACUACCUCGAGGAUGAUGACAACUGGACAGCGGUCACCCAGUUCACCCAGCCGGGAUGGCAGAUCGCCCUGUGGGCCAUCACCUAUUCCUUCAUCGUUAUCGCCUCCAUCAUCGGCAACAUCACCGUCAUCUGGAUUAUCCUCGCGCACAGGAGGAUGAGGACUGCCACCAACUACUUCAUCGUUAAUUUGGCUCUUUCGGAUUUGCUGAUGUCCGCUUUCAAUACCAUCUUCAAUUUUAUCUACGCCAGCCACAACGUCUGGUAUUUCGGUGAGGAAUUCUGCAGGUUUCAGAACUGGUUCCCCAUCACCGCAAUGUUCGUGAGCAUUUACUCCAUGACGGCCGUGGCGGCGGAGAGGUAUGUGGCAAUAAUUCAUCCCUUCAAGCCCAGGCUUUCUGCUGGAAACACCAGGGUCAUCAUUGGGAUAAUCUGGCUGGUGGCCUUUGGGCUCGCCUUCCCACAGUGCUUCUAUGCUGAGAUCAUGAUGGACAAUGGGACGAUGAAGUGCAUUGUCGUCUGGCCAGAUGACAUUGGGUCAAAGCACCAGCUCACGUAUCACAUUGCCGUGAUCGUGUUGAUUUAUUUACUGCCUUUAAUGGUGAUGUUUGUUACAUACAGCAUUAUAGGAAUUACUCUGUGGAGCAGCACAGUUCCAGGCAACCACGUUAAUCGACUCCGCUACAAACAUCAAGUUAACGCCAAAAAAAAGUUUGUGAAGACCAUGGUAGUAGUCGUGAUCAUUUUUGCUGUCUGCUGGCUGCCCUACCACAUAUACUUCAUCCUGGGGAGCUUCAAGGAAGACAUCUACCAGCAGAAGUACAUUCAGCAGGUUUAUCUCACCAUCUUUCUGCUUGCCAUGAGCUCAACAAUGUACAACCCCAUCAUCUACUGUUGUCUCAACCAAAGGUUUCGCUCUGGCUUCAAAUUAGCCUUCCGGUGGUGUCCAUGCAUAAAAGCAACUGAGAAAGACAAGCUUAAACUCACGGCCCCAUCUCUCUAUCAGUCAACCCGCAGGAAGUCAAGAAGAUCAAGUUCCAACACAGAAACUCAAUUCAAUGAGAAAGAGAAGACCUCGUUUACUCUCGCCCAGCAAACACUUUGAUUUCUUCCAAAAAGCCUGCCCUGAAACUGUGCUGAAUUCCGGGGUUUUCAGGCCUGCCAUUUCCUCUCCUACCAAUUAGAAGUGAGAAACGGUUCCCUAAAGAGUUAUCUUUGCAUGGAUUUCUAUAAGCUUGUACCAAAACAUGAUGCAAUUUUCCUGUUAAA